AUGCCCGUGGUUAACGUCGACGAUCUAGUUCGCCUCCAGCGAAAGCCUGAGGACAUUCGAAACAUUUGUAUUUUAGCACACGUCGAUCAUGGCAAAACUUCAUUGACAGACAGUCUGAUUGCCACAAAUGGCAUCAUCUCGCCUAAACUGGCGGGUAAGAUCCGCUACCUAGACUCUCGUCCAGACGAGCAGCUGCGAGGUAUUACUAUGGAGUCCUCGGCCAUUUCUCUUUUCUUCUCCAUGCUCCGUCGCCCCAGCCCGGAGGCUGCGCCUGUAUCGAAGGAGUACCUGAUUAACCUGAUCGAUUCUCCGGGUCAUAUCGACUUCAGUAGUGAGGUAUCUACGGCAUCACGACUCUGUGAUGGAGCCGUUGUUCUGGUCGAUGCUGUUGAGGGUGUAUGCAGUCAGACCGUAACCGUGUUGCGUCAGACUUGGGUCGAAAAGCUGAAGCCGAUCCUUGUUAUUAACAAGAUGGAUCGAUUGAUCACGGAACUCAUGAUGAGCCCAAGCGAGGCCUACUCGCAUCUCAGCAGACUCUUGGAACAGAUCAACGCCGUCAUUGGUAGUUUCUACCAGGGCGAACGCAUGGAGGAGGAUCUGCAAUGGAGAGAACGCAUGGAAGACCGCGCCAAUGCUUCUUCUGUCAAGGAAAAAUCCAAAUCCAAAGUUGUGGACGAGGAGUCGGCCCAGAGUGUGAGCGAGUUCACCGAUUUUGAGGAGCGUGACGAUGAAGAUCUCUAUUUCGCCCCGGAAAAGAACAAUGUCAUCUUUUGCAGUGCGGUUGACGGCUGGGCUUUCACAAUCAGGCAGUUUGCUGCGAUCUACGAGAAGAAGCUCGGAAUCAAACGUACAGUCCUGGAGAAGGUUCUAUGGGGCGACUAUUAUCUGGACCCGAAGACUAAGCGUGUCCUGGGUCAAAAGCAUCUGAAAGGCAGACCUUUGAAGCCAAUGUUCGUACAGUUGGUACUCGACAGUGUCUGGGCCGCAUACGCUGCCACGACAGGCGGUGAUAAAGGGAAAGGUGAUCCAGUGUUGCUUGAAAAGAUUACGAAAUCUUUGAACAUCAACAUCCCACCAUACGUUCUCCGCUCUCGUGAUCCGAAGAACAUCAUGACCACCUUGUUUUCACAGUGGCUACCCUUGUCAACAGCUGUUCUAGUGUCAGUGAUUGAAUACCUUCCGAGCCCACCUGCUGCACAAGCUGCCAGACUUCCGGAUUUGAUUGAGUCAUCCCCGGAUCAAAAACCCAAGGAGCCUGUCGUUGCAUAUGUUAGUAAGAUGGCCGCUAUCCCGGAGAGUGAGCUACUGGCAAGCAACAAGCGUAGCGGUGGGACUAUGACCGCAGAUGAGGCAAGAGAGAUUGCCCGACGCAAGCGAGAAGAGAUUGCGAAAAUGCACGCAGAAGCUGGCGCAGGGAAAGGGGACGAAUUUUCAAGAAUGCACUCCGCUUUCGAGACCACAACUCUUAUAACAGAAAGAGACGAACCCGAGGAGCCGGAAGAAAAAGAAGAUCCUGAACAUCUCAUUGGAUUUGCGCGCUUGUUCUCGGGAACUUUGUCUGUCGGAGAUGAGAUCUAUGUCCUUCCCCCCAAAUUCUCACCCGCAAGCCCGCACGAGAGUCCAGAGCCGAGAAAGGUUACAGUCACCGACCUGUACCUUCUCAUGGGCAGAAGUCUGGAACCUCUCAAGUCAGUUCCUGCCGGUGUUGUAUUUGGAAUUGGUGGUCUUGCUGGCUACGUUCUCAAGACCGGAACUCUUUGCAGUCAGGUCGAGGGAAGUAUCAACUUGGCUGGUGUUUCAUUAAGCACACCACCCAUCGUUCGUGUUGCACUUGAGCCCGCAAAUCCCGCGGACCUUGGCAAGAUGGUGACCGGUCUGCGUAUGCUUGAGCAGAGCGAUCCUUGUGCACUGUACGAGGUGCUUCCCAGCGGUGAACAUGUAAUCGUCACUGCUGGUGAACUGCACUUAGAGCGUUGCGUCAAAGAUCUCACUGAGCGCUUCGCUCGCUGUGAAAUCCAAACUGGAGAGGCCAUCGUCCCCUAUCGGGAGACGAUUGUGGAAUCUUCCGAAAUGGCCGCCCCCAAGGAUCCCGAAAUGGGCCGCGGAGGCGUCUGUAUGGUAUCCGGCUCCAAGCAAAUGACUAUUAAAUUGCGAGUCGUGCCUUUGCCAGAGACUGUGACGGAGUUCCUCACCAAGCAAGUCGGCACUAUCAAGAAGCUCCAAUCCGACAAGCGAUCUGCUACCGAAGGUGCAGCUGAAAAUGGCCAGUCAGCUGAGAUUGUGGCUACUGACGCGGCCGAUGAAGCCCGCGAAGGUAGCAUUCUCUCAUUGAAUGAAUUCCGAACAGAGUUGCAGAGAAUAUACCAAGAGGCAGGAGAGAGUGAGAAGCUUGGGAAGGAUCUCGUUGACAAAAUCAUUUCCUUUGGGCCUCGGAGAAUCGGUCCUAACAUCCUUAUCGAUGCCACAUCAGUCAACACUUGCGAUAAGUUCCUGGUUGAUGAGCCUAAAAACAAUGCCAAUGUGGCCAAUGACCUGCAAGCUCACCUGGUUCGCGAUCUCUGCGACAAGAUCGCAUAUUCCUUCCAGCUGGCAACCGGCCAAGGUCCACUCUGCCAGGAGCCUAUUCAAGGCAUUGCUGUUUUCCUGGAGGACAUUUCCGUGCAAGCCAAUUCAAACGACGAGCUUGAUAUGGGUCGUCUAACUGGCGACGCAAUUCGACUUGUCCGUGAGGGAAUUUCGCAAGGUAUCCUAGACUGGAGCCCGCGUAUCAUGCUCGCAAUGUACAGUUGUGAGAUUCAAGCAACAACCGAAGUAUUGGGUCGUGUCUACGGUGUCAUCACCCGUCGCCGCGGUCGUAUCAUUUCCGAGAUCAUGAAAGAAGGCACUCCGUUCUUCACAAUCAUGGCUCUUCUCCCCGUUGCUGAAUCUUUUGGCUUUGCUGAGGAGAUUCGCAAGCGGACAUCUGGCGCGGCUCAGCCGCAACUGAUCUUCGCGGGCUUUGAGGCCCUGGACGAAGAUCCUUUCUGGGUUCCCGCUACGGAAGAAGAGCUAGAGGAUCUGGGUGAACUGGCCGAUAAAGAGAAUGUUGCGAAGAGAUAUAUGGAUGCAGUGCGCAGCCGGAAGGGUUUGGUUGUGCAGGGCCGGAAGUUGAUUGAUGCUGAGAAGCAAAAGACACUCAAGAAGUAA